AUGGCCACGAAUCUUUCCGCCACACGAGCCACUGCCGUUCCCAUAUCCUCGUUGGUACUCGGUGCGGAAAGUGGAAGAAAUAAAGCGCAAAGAGCUGCGCGCAAGAGUUUCUACGCCAAUGACUGGCGUACCCCUUUGAUGCUGCUCCGCAAGCACACCCCUGAGGGCGAAGAACACCAUGUCAAACACCUCGCACGACUGGAGAUGCCACAGGGCAUGCGAGGCUUCUACCACGGCAACCUGUCCAACCUCUUUCUGGAUGUUUACCUGCACACUGGAUGUCACGUCCAGGUCUCGCGUGGCGACAACCGUACAGACGACAGGUUUUUGGCCCUGGAGCUGUCGGGCACUCCGACGAAUAUAACCUUGGCCAGGAGUAUCCUAAACGAGGCCGUCCAGGUCGAGAGCGAUGAUGAUCUCAACGCCAAAGGUACCAUGGGGAGUUAUACUAUUACCGCCACGCCCGUCGUAAUGGACAAGGUCAUGCCCCGCUCCGUCUGGAGCAUGCCAUCUAGAGCAGCAAAACAGCUAUCAUACGUGCUCGAGCCGCCGUCCUGGUCAUUUCAAAGCUUUGCUGCCUACGUCGCCGAGCUGAUCAUCUCCACUCCGCCACCUCUUCGCCCCUUUGGAAUCGAACACUCUCCAAGAAACAAGCCACAUGUCGAUCUCGUUACUGACAGGUUGAUGGCCCUCUAUUCGAACCCGGAUACCAUCCGUUGGGCUUCUAUGCACGCCACAGCCCAGACUCUGAACUUUCUGAGGUCGCACGCAAAGAUUCCGCAAGUCCGUGGCGUCCUCGAGUUCAUUGACACUCAAUCCAAGACGAGGCCUCAUCUGCGCUUAGCAUUGUCCAACCCAGCCGUCUUCAAUGUUCUUCUGAACUCGGCAUCUCAAGCCUUGGACUUGCAUACCUACAACUUUCUUCUUCGCAUGAUGACAGACCGGGGUAUCGCCCCCAAUACUGAGACAUGGUCAUCUCUGCUGCACUUGGUUCAAAAAGUCAGCCCGAGAAAUGCUAAACACAUCAUCACCACAAUGCGACAACGACAAAUGCUGUCAUCUCCAGUCGCGAAGAUGUCCACUGCAAAUGCGACGUCAAAACCAGAUGCUUCGGAAUGGCUGCGCAGAGGAGAAUCCAUCUUUGACUUUAUUGCUCACUAUGAUAAACUCUGGAAAGGCAAGGACUGGCUGGACACACGUGCCUGCAAUCAAAUCCUUUCUGCACUCAUCGAGGAUGGCAAUCUGGAAGAUACCUUGGCCCUGGUCAAUGAGCUGAAGAGCCGAAACAAGCAACCUAAUAUUGUCACCACGAAUAUUCUCGUCGAUGCCGCAGUCUCAUACCGCGACUUGGCAUUUGCACUCAACGCGCUGAAAGCCACUCUCAGGGACACGAUAGAGCUCCAUCCUGGCUCAUGCUGUCAUACGUUCGACAGACUUGUCCAACUUGCUUUCAGAGUGCGGGCGUACAAUACGCUGCGAGUGGUUUGGACAUAUGCAUGUCUUCAUGGCAAUGUCUCACGCGACCUUCUUCGAAAAAUGCAAAAGACGCUCAUGACUUCUUUGCAUGGUAAAAAGACACCUGAAAAGCCCAUCAAUCAGCAGACUCUAAACGUUGGUCAUACCGCGGAGAGCAAUGUCAGUCGACAUGAACGCUUCAAAUCCUUUGCUGCUAUUGUCGCUGUGGGUAUCGAGGAGGGAUUGGAAGGUGUGCGGAGACCAAUUACAUCAGUACCCAGUCGUUUCGCAACACUAAAGGCAGCUACACGGUCCCCAAUAACCAAAUUGCCUCCAAGCGCUGUUUCAACAACUCCCAGCACACCGAGCGCCGACACAGCGAGCGCCAACGCACCGAUUGUCGAUAAACCUGGGCUUCAUCCUGUCCUUGCUGCCGACCUGCUCGCUCGCGAAAAGUUUGUCCCCGGGCCCCCAUUCUUGACUGCUUUGCGCGAGGCAAUCGAUAGAGAUCUGCUCUGGAAGCAACAAGGCUAUGACAAAUCUGCUACUCUCGAAGUAUUGCUUGCCGAGGCUGUGCAAGUAAAAGUCGACAAGAAACGCCAUGUCAUUGUUCAGGACGUCAUUCAGAAGCACAAGGAAAACGUGCCGAGAGAGGCCGAACAGGCAGAGCAACAAGCCAGAGAAGUGUUCGAGUCGAGAGAACAGCAACGAAAGCAAAGACUCGAGGCGCGAGCGCUAGCGGAUCAAAAAAUGAGGGAAGAAUCAGAAAAAGGGAAAACCAGAAGAGAAAGGAGCUGGGACUCGACAACAAGGAGAAGAAAGCGAUGA